AUGUGACCUGCGGACCUGUAAUGGAGGAACCAACACCUGUACGGGACCCUUGGAACACCUUAAAAAAAAUUGAUGAUUGCCUUCAGACCUUUGAGGAGUAUGGACAAGAGGCCUACUUCUUUAAUAAAGGACUGGAGAAGGACUUUUCACCAUCAGGUUUCCUAGCAAACCAGCAUGAGAUAGAUCCAACCCUUUGGCAGGAAGUCAUCAACAUCUUAAUUAAAGUGCACAGGCACUUUUCAUUUGACUUUUCUAACUUGAGCCUUGCAGUCAACUACAUGGCAAGGUACAUCUCCCACAGGCAAGUGAAAGCUACCAUCUUGAAGCCACUGGGGGCUACCUGUUUGUAUUUGGCCACAAAGAUCAUGCACAGAAAUCGUCCUUCAGUAGAGGAGUUCCUGGAGCUGUUUGGGGAAGCAUGUUACACACCUGAAUACAUUGCAUAUGUUGAGAAGAACCUUAUAUACCAACUUGAAUUUCGGUUGCAAGCACCUACCAUUGAUUUUUUCCUUGAACACUUUUCCCUAAUGAGAGUUUCCAGUGAGAAGUGUUCAAAAAGCAACAUCACCAGAGCAGCCAAUGCCCUUACAGCUGCCAGAGGAAUAGCAGCACUGGCCAUGUCAAAGUAUGAUUUCCAUUCUUACCUACCAUCUCUAUUGGCUCAGUGCUGUCUUAAAGCUGCAGACCAAAUACUUGGAUAUAACAACCCAGAUGAAGAGUACCUUGGGGAUUAUCCUGCCCACCUCAUGCAGGAAUGCUUGGAAAAAACAUUUCUCCUGGUGUCUGCAAACAAGAACUUCUUGCAACAACUAAUGCCAGAAGUGUUUCCAUAGUUGCUUCCAGAGCAUUCAGGUAAGUAAUAUUCACAUAAGCACACAUUUAUCUAUACAGACUAUGACAAAAUCCAAUCAACCCUUACUAACAUAUCUGCACUACACUCACCUACACUUGAAUACACACAUAUCUGGAUCACAGAAAGGGCAAGCAUAACCAUACUGAUGAGUGGAUCAGCAGGGGAGACAGCUGAAGUGGGAGACAGGAAAGUGGCCUACAACAACCUCUGGACACAGAGUGCCGCACUUUAACUGAACUGGAGCGUGCCAUGGCUAUAUAGGAAAAUGGAAGUUAUCAUCAGCUUUCUUUGUGUAGAAGUCUGUUUUCCUCUCUAUACUUCUACCUUUUUUUCCAUUUGUUUAUUUAACUCUGUUGGUCUAUGAAUCUGUGCUAUAUAUAUUUGUCCAUCUGCCACUCACAACUAAUUCAGAAAUAUGUUUAAUACACACAAGCACAUAUAGGCCACUCAGUUGACCCUGCAUUCCUCUUCACUCGACCUGGGCAACUACAGAAGCCGGGGUCUGCAAGCUGCCCUCGAAUGGAGAGGAAUGCAACUUUCUCCUAUCAGCUUAAAUGUGCUCAUGCGUAUGCUUCUAUCUUUCUGUCUGUUUCCCUCACCCUGCUUGCCUUUAUUAAAUAUGGUGCAUUGAUCCUGGGAGCAAAUCUGAUUGCCAUUAUGGGGUCAGGAAGGAAUUUUUCCCUCUAGUGAAGCAGAUUGGGCCAAGCUUCACAGAGGUUUUUCGCCUUCCUCGGGAUCAAAAAGCCCAAUUUUUCUCAUCAAAAAUAAAGCUGUGAGUUACACAGAUUAA